UGGGAUUCGAUGGGGCAAGAUGGCACUCGAUGGGUUCGCACCCAUCUCCCCCUGGCCCAUGGUAUAUUUUGAACAUUUAUCCGACGGUAUUCAAGCAGCGUCGGAUUCCCGGGAAUAAAUGAUUCAGAGAAGUGGGCAGGAACGCACCGAACGAACUGCUUCUGAGAUAUGGCAGAACAUCCGAUGGAAUAAUAUGGAUUCAGCAUUUACAGCAAUAUCAAGGCUAUGGAAGCAAUUAUGGUGCAAUGACUGUGCAGUAUCCUAUUCCAGUGGUUGUCCUGUACAUGGAGAACUAAAUGUCAUACAGGAUGAGUAUGUUCCUCCAAGAGCCAUUUCCUCUCUGCCUAAUGUUUUCUCUAUGGUUCAACAAGAUGAUUCAAAAACAAUUAGUAUCUACGCCACGACCACUCUAUCCAAAGGUACGCGGUUAGGUCCUGUAGAUGGAGAGAGGCAGGAAUGGAAUGACACAACAAGUCUCGAAGAUAAAUGGGUGGUGUUCAACACAAAUGGCCCUUCAGUAUCAAUCCAACAAAACUGUUUAAACACCUCAAACUGGACAGUGUUUCUGAGCCAAUCAGAGGACAGGAACCUAUGUAAUCUGGUAGUAUACCAACAUAUGGAGGACCUGUUCCUAGUGACUAACAGAGAAAUUCAGCCUGGAGAGAAGUUACUCUUUGAGUAUAGUGAGAGCUAUAAAACAUGUCAGCAGCUAGCCUCUGAGGUUAUUUGUCAUAUUCCAAUGGUGCAUGUGAUAGAAGAGCUCAGUGGUGACAACAUGAGUGUGGAAUAUGAGACUAAACCUGACACAAAUGAUGACUUACAGCUUUUGGACAACCAGUCUACCAAUAAUUCCUUUAAAGGUAAAGACAAUAUUCCUGCGACAACAGAGACACAAACACCAUUGAAAGAUACCAGGACUCAUCUAUCUAUAGCAGCUGAUGUUUCAGAGCCGUCUGUUGUUCAGAGUACAAAAGACAAUAUUGGGAAACUGAACCAGCCAGACACCUUUGGGAAAGUUGGAAGACCUCGCAAACCUGAUACUUGUGGAAGGGUUGGAAGACCAAGAAAGACCAACCCUUGUAUGAGAGGUGGAAAGAUCUCCAAAUCAAACAAUACAGUCAGUGUGUCUUCUAAUUUGAAACAAAGUACAUGUAAUAAACUAAAAGUAGGGAGACCUCGUUGGAAAGUUCAAAAAGUAGAAAGCCUUGAUAAUGAUCUGGAUAUUGAUAUUAAUGAUGGAAAUGAAAACACUCUUUGUAAACAAGUUGAAAAUAUAGAAAGUCAUGAUUAUAGCCAAAAUUCUAUAAGAAAAGAAGGGACACCAUGUAAACAACUCAAAUAUGUAGAAAGUGAUGUCGGUAAUGAAGAAUUUGAUGGUAAUGCCGAAAAUGAUAACACCGAAACACAAGGAGAGAAAAUGAAAGGAAAUAUAGGAAUGCCAAGUAAAGUAGGAAGGCCAUGUAAGAAACAAUUACAAAAUGAUAAUGUCAUCUUCAAUAAUGAUUCAACAUUGGCCACAUCAAGCUCAAAGCAGGUGAGGAAAUGCAGUAAUGAAGAUGAAAGUCAUGUAGAUAAAGCAGCCAAGGAAGAGGUUGAUUCAAUACCUUCCUACAAAACUCGCCACAUCUUUCCACAAUUGAUGGGUCCAGCACAAGAGGUGAAUGUAAUUACUGUUGUUAAAGAAGAGCUGAAAGCGAUGGCUGAUGACCAGGUCGACAAAUUAGUCCAAGCUCCUGUUAUUGUCAAAGAUCCUUCUGCCCCUGAUCACAACCCAGCUAGACAUAGAGCUAGAGGACUUAUAGGUUGGCAUUUGAAUAUGCAAGCGCCACACUAUAAAUACAAGGAGAUAUAUAGAAAAAUUUAUGAAGGUGUAAAGUACCAGAUGACUUACAAGACAACUGGAACUGGAGUAUAUGAAAUACACACAGAAAUCAUAUGUAAUCAUCCUAAUGACACAGUAUCUAAUUUACUUUUAUAUGGAGAGACAAAAAAACCUGAACCUGCAAUGAAAGCUGCAUACUCCAAAAUUUCAGAGUCUAUUAAUAUUGAUAUGUAUGAAAUGCAAGUGAAGCAUUUCAAGAAUUACAUACAGGCAACUGACCAUCGAAGUAGUGUUAUCAACAGGGAUGGAAAAUGUAUAAAGGUACAUGACUUUAGCAUUGAACCAGCAAUCAAUGAGGACUUAUGUUACAUUUGCUUUAUCUGUAGCCCGAUACGUAUUUAUCCCCAACAGAACUGUGCAUAUUAUCGACGACAUGUGAAGUACCAUUUUAAGGAUUUGGUCUGUGAACAAUGUGGUGAGAAAUUCAAAAGAAAAAAUGGUCUUAAGAAACACAUCCGAGUUCACCACACAGUAGACAGGCCAAAGAACUACAAAUGUGAUAUGUGUGUGAAGGCAUUCAGAACCCCUACAGAAAUGAACCAACAUAGGAAAAAUAUACAUGACCCCAAUCGAGAGCGCCCUCUAUGUCCAGAAUGUGGCAAAACAUUUUCCAAUGUUAAUAUUCUGAAACGCCAUCUAUUGACUCAUUUAGAUAUCCGGCCAUAUGAAUGUAAUAUUUGCACAAGGAAAUUCACACAAAGUGGAGAUCUGAAAAUACAUAAGGAGAAGAUACAUGUGAAAGGCUCAAUUCGCUUUCAACCAGUACACUAUCUUGAGCUAGCAAAGAAAAGAUUAUCUCAAUUAAAUUCUAGUAAAAACAGUACAGUGAUCUAUAAAGAUAUGCCAUCACUUUCAAUUGACACCUCAGUGAGGCAUAUUGAUGAUCUUUCUAAUGACAGCUCAGUGAGACAGAUAAAUGGUCUACCAAAUGACACCUCAAUGAGGCAAAUAGAUGGUCUACCUAAUGACACCUCAAUGAGGCAAACUGAAGAUUUACCAAAUGACACCUCAAUGGGGCAGAUAGAUGAUUUACCAAAUGACACCACAAUGAGGCAAAUUGAUGAUUUACCAAAUGAUAUCUCAAUCAGGCAAAUGGAUGAUCUACCUAAUGAUACUUCAGUGAGACAAAUAGAUGGCCUACUAAAUUACACCUCAAUGAGGCAAAUAAAUGAUCUAAAUAAUGAAAACUCACUGAGGCAAAUAAAUGAUCUACCUGAUGACCAUUACCAUGAACACAUAUAGACAACAUAGAGAUUUUUGUCAACAACUGUUACCAUGUCAACAAAUUGGGAUAAUUUAGUAAUGGGCUUAAUGUUCAUCUGCUGAAUAAAUGCUAGUUCUGGAAAUGAACAUUAUUGUGAUCAUGAUCUUUAAUCUUCCUCGAAUAUCUCUUGAUUUGGUUAACAUUAAAGAGAUGCAUUUUAAGUGUAAGGAAUAGUUUGGGAAAAACAUAUUUUGUUCAGUAGGAUUGGCUAUUCUGCUCCAAUGUGCUCCAACUUUUUUUGUGGACAGUAUUGGCUAGUCAGCCAUACCAAAGGCGUUUGCAUUUUAAUGCCUUGUUUCUAGUUAAAACGCACAUCCAAAGUAUUUUUUAUUUCAUUAUUAUGAGGAUGGAUGGUCUAAAAUUGAGAAUGAUAAUAUGAACUACUAGUAACUCAAAG